AUGGCCGCCAUGAAGACGCUUACUAUAAACACUACUGACUUGACAUCCUCUUCAGUUCCGUUUCCUGUUUAUUACGAACCCGAAGAUAUCUUUGGACCAUCAAUUGAACCAGAACCAAAACAUUUCGAGCCGCCCAACAUGAUGGCAGGAGAUCGCCCGGUCAACAAGCUGGUAGAUUCAAUAUCAAGAACUCCAGGUCGAUUGCCCUCACCUCAACCUACACAUUUCGGUGGCCAUGAUGUGCCAUACAAGAACGGCAAUGGCAAUGGCCAUCGAGUCCUGCGAUCUGCCACCGUUGGCUACAUUGCACCCGAAUUCAAGGGAAAGAAAGCACAGAAGAUAGAAGUGAAGGCCAAGCUAGAGGCUGGCAAUUGGAUACCAUCUUCCCUCAUUGAUCAGCAAAUUGACUGGUUCUACAACGACUUGGGUAUCGAUGAUGUCUAUUUCCAGACAGAAAGCGUAUCUGCAAUCGUUUCCAACAUCACUUCUCUCUAUGCCGCUAAAAUUGCAGCUUUUGCGCGCGAAGACAAGCAGCAAGAAAUUCGAUUGGAUAUGGAAGCUGCAGACCACGCCAUCUACAUUGACACAAGUGAACCUGGUGUCAGUAAGAUUGACGGGCCUCGUUAUGAACGCAGACUGGAGAGCAAGUACCUCGACGCAUCAGCGUCAGGAAACAACGUAUAUCGAGUGGAAACCUUCAGAUCCCCAACCAAUUUGGCUGGCACGGUAGAGGCGAAGAGCACCAUGCGAUGUUAUUUCGUCUACCAAUGUCAAUUUGUCGAGCCUAAUGCUGAUCCGAAAGAGACCAGGCUUGAGGUUAUUGGAGAUCAGAUGUUCCUCGCUAAAGCCACAAGCAACACCAAGCAAAUCUAUCAAGAAAUCAUCGAAACCGCAGUCCAACGAAAUGGGCCUGUCAUUGAAUACUUCGACAUUGAAAACUCCAAAGAGGUCAGACUCGUCGUUGCUUUCCGUCGCAAAACUGCUACUGGCAUGUUUACUGCUUUGUCGGAUCUCUAUCACUACUAUGGGGUCACCUCUUCCAGAAAAUAUGUCGAGCAGUUCUCGAAUGGCAUCUGUGUUAUUUGUUUGUAUCUCAAACCCGCCAAUAUCGUGGAUUCGCCCCCUCUUGAUCAAUCCAUCCACCAAAUCACCAAGGAAAUCUCGCUGCUCUACUGCAUUCCUCGCAACAAAUUCCAAGCACUCUUUGUCGGCGGUGGAUUGAGCUUGCAGGAGACUGUCUAUGCUCACUGCCUUUGGGUGUUUGUUCAACAUUUCUUGAAUCGACUCGGAUCGGAGUACUCAUCGCUUGUGUCGGCGUUGGAUUCGACCAACAGUCUCCACGUAGAGAUCCUCUCCAAAAUCAAACGUCGUUUGAGAACAGAGACAUUCACUUCUGCGUACAUCGCUGAGAUUAUCAACUCGCAGCCCCAAUUGGUGCGAUCGCUUUACGCAUCAUUUGCCAGCACCCAUCUAGCUUUUGGUCCUGGCUUCGAGGAUGACUUCAUCCCACCAACUCCUUCGGCGGAGGUCUUGACCGACAAUCAACUCAAGGAGCUCAUUGCAAGAACCGUUGCCAACGAGCAUGAGGAAAUGGUCAUGAACGCUUUCAGAAUCUUCAACAACUCACUCCUGAAGACCAACUUCUACACACCCACAAAGGUUGCUCUUAGCUUCCGGCUUAACCCUUCCUUCUUACCAGAACUUGAAUAUCCUCAACCACUUUUUGGUAUGUUCUUGGUCAUCAGCUCCGAAUCUCGAGGUUUCCACUUGCGCUUUAGAGAUAUUGCUCGAGGUGGAAUCCGUAUUGUCAAAUCGCGCAACAAGGAGGCGUACGGCAUUAACGCUCGCCGCAUGUUUGACGAAAACUAUGGUCUCGCCAACACCCAACAGCGCAAGAACAAGGACAUUCCAGAAGGUGGAUCCAAGGGUGUCAUUCUGCUUGACGCUGCUCACCAAGACAAAGGUUCAGUCGCUUUCGAAAAGUAUAUUGACAGUAUCAUGGAUCUGCUCCUUCCACCCACUUCUCCUGGUAUCAAGAACCCUAUCGUCGAUUUGUAUGGAAAGCAAGAAAUUCUUUUCAUGGGUCCCGAUGAGAACACUGCCGAUCUUGUCGAUUGGGCGACCAAACACGCACGAAGCCGAUCUGCGCCAUGGUGGAAAUCAUUCUUCACUGGCAAAUCGCCUAAGCUCGGUGGUAUUCCCCACGAUGCUUAUGGUAUGACUACGCUCUCCGUCCGCGAGUAUGUCAAGGGUAUCUACCGAAAGCUUGAGUUGGAUCCAAGCAAAGUCAGAAAGAUGCAGACUGGUGGACCAGAUGGUGAUCUAGGAAGCAAUGAAAUCUUGCUUAGCAAUGAAAAAUACACCUCUCUCAUCGAUGGCUCUGGUGUUCUUGUGGAUCCUCACGGAAUCAAUCACGAAGAGCUUAUCCGUCUUGCUAAGAAGCGAGCUAUGAUUUCUGAAUUCGAUAUCACCAAGCUUUCGAAAGCUGGAUAUCGCGUCCUCGUUGAUGAUAUCAAUGUCAAGCUUCCUAACGGAGAGGUCGUCAACAACGGCACCGUUUUCCGCAACACCUUUCACCUUCGUGAAACUGGCUUGACAGAUUCCUUCGUUCCUUGCGGUGGUCGUCCAGAGUCGAUCGAUUUGGCCAGUGUCAGCAAGCUCAUCAAGAACGGAAAAUCUACAAUUCCUUAUAUCGUGGAAGGAGCAAAUCUCUUCAUUACACAAGAUGCCAAGCUUCGUCUUGAGGCUGCUGGAUGCAUUCUUUUCAAGGAUGCCAGUGCCAACAAAGGAGGUGUUACUUCAUCUUCUCUCGAGGUUCUCGCAAGUUUGAGUUUCGAUGAUGCAGGUUUUCUUGAGCAUAUGUGCGUUGGUAGUGAUGGCCAAACACCAGAAUUCUACAAGGCUUAUGUCAAAGGUGUUCAAGAGAUCAUCAAGGAGAACGCUCGACUUGAAUUCGAAGCCAUCUGGAAAGAGCACAAAGCCACCAAGAUUCCACGAAGCACACUUUCAGAUACUCUCAGUAUCGCCAUCACUAAGCUCGACGAGGAACUUCAAAAGACGGAUCUUUGGAAGAACGAGACACUUCGCCGAUCUGUACUCCAAGAUGCCCUUCCUAAGCUUCUGCUUGAGAAGAUUGGUCUGGAUCUGAUUAUCAAGCGUGUCCCUGAUAACUACCUUCGUGCUAUCUUUGGCUCGUAUCUUGCAUCCCGUUUUGUCUACCAAUUCGGCAGUGCGCCUAGUCAAUUCGCUUUCUUUAACUUCAUGUCUGACCGCAUGAAGAAAAUCCAACAAUAG